AUGACAUUCACAGAGUCGACAGCCGCUGCUAUCAUCCCUAACAAUGUCAACACUGCUCCUCGUCCUGAGGCCUAUCAAGCAACACCCGAUGUCGAACUUUUAUCUCUCUCAAACGUUGAUUCUGCUCCAAAGAAGACAGGAAAGAUAGAGUUCCGAUGUACUGGCGAGUCCUCCCCUGACAAUCGAGAGCGGCAUGUACGACAUGGACGGCUGGAACGAAGCACAAUACUCAAGCUCACGAGUGCGGCAUUUUCCUUCUUCUUCUCUGGCGCCAGUGAUGGCUGUCUGGGGGCGUUGAUUCCGUAUAUACUGAGGACCUAUGAUAUUUCCAUGGAUGCAAUUGCGAUCCUCGUAUUGCACAGCUACACUGUUACGUUCCUUGGCUGGCUUAUUGCCGUAGCCUCGAACAGCCAUUUACUUCAAAGGGUCGGGUUCGGCGCCAUACUUGCAAUUGGCGCAUCAUUGCAGCUUCUGGCGCAUAUCCUUCGCUUCUGGACACCUCCGUUUGGUUUGUUCGCCGCCACAUACUUUCUCCAAGCGCUAGGAACAGCAUACCAAGAUUCGCAUUCGAAUACAUUCGUCUCCUCUGUCAAAGGAGCUCAUCGAUGGCUGGGUUUUAUUCAUGCCAUGUAUUCGCUUGGGUGUCUCGUCUCACCGUUCGUUGCAACUGCCGUUGCUUCCCACGUCCAGUUGAAAUGGGCUUACUUCUUCAUUUUCCUGCUUGGACUCGGCGUGCUCAAUCUCUUGGCAGUACUUUACGUCUUUUCGGACUCUCUACGUCUACUAUCGAGAGAGCAGGAGCGAGAGCAGGAGGACGACGCUUCCAGCCACGGGAAAGAUGCGACCCAGAAGAUCAAAGAGACGCUGCAAACGAGGGGGGUAUGGCUGUUGAGUAUAUUUUUUUUCUUUGCUCUGGGAGCUGGUCUUACGGCUUCGGGAUGGAUCGUGGAGUUCCUCGUCAAAGUGCGUCACGGCAAUCUUGCGCAAAUGGGCUAUGUUCCAGCUGGACAAGCGGGUGGUGUAUUUUUGGGUCGAUUGCUUCUUGCAGAGCCAACGUUUCAAUUUGGCGAGAGACGCAUGCUCUUCUUGUAUAGCGUUCUCAUGCUCGCGAUGCAGUUGAUAUUCUGGCUUGUGCCGAAUCUUGUCGUCGACAUUGUCGCCAUUUCAAUCUUUGGUUUCUUCUUUGGUCCGCUCUUCGCCGCGGUUGUUCCCCAAACGCAUCCGGCCAACGGCACUUGGACUCGGGCAGGUGUCAAAGUAAUGCCGCCUAUCGUUGUCGGCUUGGUGGUCGCCGUGGGUGUCACAUGGUUGUUUGUGCCUCAAAUCAAGCGCCGAGAGGAAUAG